CAUAUUGUGCCUGAGACAGCAGAAUAUUUUUUACUACGCCGAAGAAAAGGAGGAAGAAAUCAACAACUAUUCUCCGGGAGGGUGGCUAACCUCGUCGGUUUCAUUGGAGUAGCAGUUCUGAGGUGCCACAGCUGGGAGUCCUGUGGCCCCUGCCCUCCUCCUCCUCCUCCUCCUCCUCCUCAACCCUGUCCCUUCUCCACGCUGCAGUCCUACCCAGCCGUAGUAGAGCACACACCUCCCCCCUUACCUUGCCAAGCUGUCGGACAUGUCGGGCCCAGUUCCGAGUCGGGCGCGGGUCUACACGGAGGUUAACACCCAUCGGCCCCGCGAAUACUGGGACUAUGAGUCUCACGUGGUGGAGUGGGGAAACCAGGAUGACUUUCAGCUGGUGCGGAAACUGGGAAGGGGGAAAUACAGUGAAGUGUUUGAAGCCAUCAACAUCACCAACAAUGAGAAGGUGGUCGUCAAAAUCCUCAAGCCGGUGAAGAAGAAGAAGAUCAAGCGAGAGAUCAAGAUCCUGGAAAACCUGCGCGGUGGUCCGAAUAUCAUCUCCCUUAUCGACAUCGUCAAAGACCCUGUGUCUCGAACCCCGGCUUUGGUUUUUGAGCACGUCAACAACACUGACUUCAAGCAACUGUACCAGACCCUGACCGACUAUGACAUUCGAUUCUACAUGUAUGAGAUUCUUAAGGCGCUGGAUUACUGCCACAGCAUGGGCAUUAUGCAUCGCGACGUCAAGCCGCACAAUGUGAUGAUUGAUCACGAGCACAGGAAGCUGCGUUUGAUUGACUGGGGGCUGGCUGAGUUCUACCACCCUGGACAGGAGUACAAUGUCCGAGUUGCCUCUCGCUACUUCAAAGGACCAGAACUGCUGGUGGACUACCAAAUGUAUGACUACAGCCUGGAUAUGUGGAGUCUGGGCUGCAUGCUGGCCAGUAUGGUCUUCAGGAAGGAGCCCUUCUUCCACGGCCACGACAACUACGAUCAGCUGGUGAGAAUAGCAAAGGUUUUGGGUACAGAGGACCUCUACGAUUACAUCGACAAGUACAACAUAGAACUGGAACCCCGGUUCAAUGACAUUUUGGGAAGGCACUCCCGGAAGCGGUGGGAGCGCUUUGUGCACAGUGAGAACCAGCACCUGGUGAGCACUGAGGCGCUGGACUUCCUGGACAAGCUGCUGCGCUACGACCACCAGGCUCGGCUGACCGCCCGCGAGGCCAUGGAGCACCCCUACUUCUAUCCCAUUGUGAAGGAUCAGUCUCGCAUGGGUGGGUCCACCAACGUCCCAGCUGCCAACACCACUGUCAACAGUGCCAGCAUGAUGACUGGCAUUGCUGCACUGCCAGCCUCCACCGCCCUGGGUCCCCUGGCCGGCUCUCCUGUCCUGUCUGCUGCCAACAGCCUGAAUGCCCCAGUGCCAGCAGCCGCCGGUGCCCCUCAGUGAGCGCCAACCUGCCCGUCCCGUCCCAGCCCGUCCUUAGCCCAUCUCACCCUCACCCUACCCUGCUCUACCCCACAUCCCACCAUCCUAACCCCUAACAAGCCCCACCCCCCUGGAGCUGUUGGCCCAUACAGGCUUGGGAGUGGGUAUAUUGGGUAUGUGUGUGUGACACUUCUCCUCUUUACAUGUGUGAUGUUGGGAGAAGGGGGGGUCGGAUGAGAGUCGGAACGCUCAAAUUCUCUCUUACCGUGUGUGUGCGUGCGUGUGAUCCACAAGUUCUUAGUUGCUUGACUAACAGUAUACCUUCUGAUGGGGGUGUGUGUGUGUGUGUGUGUGUGUGUGUGUGUGUGCGUGCGUCCUCUGGUUCUGUGAGACGUUGUACACUCACAGAUGAGCUGUUAAGACUUUUUUUUGUAAUCCCCCCCACCCUAAUCUUUCAAGAGAAAAGUGAAAAAAGAAAUCAACACAGACUCACAGGUGUCAAAAAUCACAAUUUAGUUUUAGUGUGUAGUGUGGGGGUGGAGGGAGAAGCCGUUGGGACCAAAAGUAGCAUGUUUGCAAAAGACACAAGAUGGGGUGGGGGUGGGUGCGGGUGUGACUGCUCCAGGUUGCGUCUGAUUUCCUGGAGCUUUUGGCCACGUUGAGAAGCUCUCUGAGCUCAGUAUUAUAAUAAUUAGCAUGAGGAGUCCGGGGGGAGUGGAUGCCACAGUGUUCUAGGCUUUGGUUCAUUUGGUGCUGUCGUGCUGAAUGGGAAGGGCUGGAUGCACAGCCCCGAUCACAUAUACUUGACCUUACAAAUACUUCUGCCUGUGCCGUAUGUAAAGCCUGUAUACCAAACAUCAUACUCAUAUGUUGUUUUCGUUUUUGGUUGUUUUUUCACUCCUUGUUUUUGUAAUGUCAACUUGAGAACUGUAUUGCUGAUCACACGAGUCAACAGUUCAGGGGUGCGUUUCUCGACAGCAUUGUUGCUAACUAAGUUAGCAACUUACUUGGUUGAAAUAAAAUGUCCCAUUGGCAAUCUACAAAGUUGCUAAUGGAUUAGCAACAACGCUUUCGAGAAACGAGGUCCAGGACUUGCUGAUGGGUGGGGAGGGAGCGGUGUUGCUGGGAGGAGUCUUGGUGUUGCCGGAGACAAAGUGCAUGUGCUUUCCUCUUGGCCAUUCAGGAGUAGGAGGUAUCUGCUCAAUGUUCCGUUUGAAAGAUGUUUUCAACCUGCUGCUUUUCCACUUCCUUGAAUUCAUUCAAGUAGUUUAUGAAAAAACCAAAGUUUACUCAAAUGCUUGGUAAGUAAAACAAUGUUUUGGUGUUGUUCUGUUCUUCCUGCUGAAGAUGAUCAUCCUCACAGGUCAACUUUUUUCAUUUUCUUUUUUGGUUAUGGAGAGAGUGACAUCAAAACUAGAAGUUUGCUGUGGUGGAUAUAGCUUGAAAAAUGCUGUUUGUGUUGCAUCUGCUGUUGAGAGCUGGAAAAAGUGUUAUCAUUUUGUAAUAUUUAGUCAGGGCUUGGUUCUGGUGGCUCACACUUGAAUACUUCAGAACGUACUGAACUUGAAGGGAUGAAACAUUUGUCCUUGCAUUUAUGGUGCCCUAGAGGGUACUGUAACUUAAGUCUCAAUGUACAUAUAGAUAUGCAUACUUUUUGUUUUCAUUUAAAACUUUACACUUACAGAAUACAUGCAUACAUCUACACAAAUAACGAAUUAUGAGUCCUUAACAUCACUGUAUAUAUUUUUAUGUUCCAAUGUAGAGUAGUCUUUGAGAACAAUUGUGUAAAUAAACAAGUGUUUUGUUUAUUAAACAAGCAUUCCAUUUUAUUUAUU